CCUCGCGUGCCUGCGCCGCUGCCUGUGCGACGCCGACCGGCCACUGCUGACGCCCGAGCUGGUGGGAGACAGUGUCCGGCUCGUGGAGGACGUGGUCGACACCAUGCUGGCUGCACUGGCCGGCCGCAGGGACGACGAGCUCGAGGUGGCGCCAUCGUUCGCUGACAUGGGCGUGGCGCUGGAGUCGGUGCUGGUGGCGGCCGGGGACGCGGCCGGCGGAUCGGUGGUGCUGUCGCAGCAGUACCAGCUGGUGCUCGCCUGCUGCUGGCUCAAUCUCAAGGAGUGCAGCUACUUCCUCGGAGAGCUGAUAACGGCGUGUUUGGCGCGCCACGGGCCCGGCAUGGACGUGCCGACCCUGCAGCGUGUGGUGCGCGUGCUGCGCCGCGUGCUGACCGGCUGCCGACACAAGGGCGCCAUCGAGUCUGCUCGCGUCGCCUGGGCACAGCUGUGCACGGCGGCGCUGCGACACGCCUGA